CCAAGCAAACGGGGCGUAGAGGAAUUCCCGUCCCUCACUUGACAGCUUAAAGCGCUCUCUCUCUCUCUCUCUCUCUCUCUCUAUAUAUAUAUAUAUCUGUUUGAUUCAGAGGGUAGAAGAUAAGCACAAUCGAUGCGCACCAAACCCUAGAAUUCCAUACAGGGGCACAACAUGGCGCUUCUGUCCCAGGUGGGUCCAUCACACUGCAUUCAUUUUGAGAACAUAAGAUCUAAAGUGGGCUACAGUCUUGUUUUCAACAUAGGGAGCGGUUUCGAGGCAUCCAAAGUUAAGGAAACUUGCACAAGUUUUCCAUCCUUAUCAUCGAAUUAUACAAAGACAAUGCAUGGUUUGCAUUUAGACAGUGCAAAAGUAUCGUACAAACAAAGACACCGGGCAAUUGUCAAUGCAAGCCCCCCUACAGAGGAUGCUUUGAUUGCUACAGAGCCAUUGACAAAAGAGGAUCUUGUAGCAUACCUUGCUUCUGGGUGCAAACCUAAGGAGAAAUGGAGAAUAGGUACAGAACAUGAAAAGUUUGGCUUUGAGAGUGAAACUUUAAGGCCCAUGAAGUAUGAACAGAUAGCAGAGUUGCUCAAUGGUAUUGCUGAGAGAUUUGACUGGGAUAAAAUAAUGGAGGGUGACAACAUUAUUGGACUCAAACAGGGAAAGCAAAGCAUAUCAUUGGAACCAGGAGGCCAAUUUGAGCUUAGUGGUGCACCUCUUGAAACUUUACAUCAAACUUGUGCUGAGGUUAAUUCACAUCUUUAUCAGGUCAAAGCUGUUGCAGAGGAAAUGGGAAUUGGAUUCUUAGGAAUUGGUUUCCAGCCCAAAUGGGGCCUCAAAGACAUACCUAUAAUGCCCAAGGGAAGAUAUGAGAUUAUGAGGAAUUACAUGCCCAAAGUUGGCACUCUCGGACUUGACAUGAUGUUUCGGACAUGCACUGUUCAGGUCAAUUUGGACUUCAGCUCUGAAGUGGACAUGAUCAGGAAAUUUCGUGCUGGUCUUGCUUUGCAGCCUAUCGCCACAGCCUUGUUUGCCAAUUCGCCUUUCACUGAAGGAAAGCCAAAUGGUUAUCUUAGUAUGAGAAGCCAAAUAUGGACUGAUACGGAUAACAAUCGUGCUGGCAUGCUUCCCUUUGUCUUUGAUGACUCUUUUGGGUUUGAACAAUAUGUAGAUUAUGCACUUGAUGUCCCAAUGUAUUUCGUCUAUCGGAAAAAGAAGUAUAUUGAUUGCUCUGGAUUGUCAUUCCGGGACUUCAUGGCAGGAAAACUUGCUCCUAUUCCGGGUGAAUUGCCAACCCUCAAUGAUUGGGAGAAUCAUCUGACUACAAUAUUUCCUGAGGUCAGGUUGAAGAGAUAUUUGGAGAUGAGGGGAGCUGACGGGGGCCCUUGGAGGAGGUUAUGUGCAUUGCCUGCAUUUUGGGUGGGUAUAUUAUAUGAUGACAUUUCUCUACAAAAUGUUCUAGAUAUAGUAGCUGAUUGGACCGCAGAAGAAAGACAGAUGUUGAGAAAUAAGGUACCUAUAUGUGGUCUAAAGACACCAUUUCGUGAUGGAUUGCUGAAGCAUGUAGCCGAAGAUGUUGUAAAGUUCGCGAAGGAUGGCUUGGAAAGGAGAGGCUACAAGGAAACUGGAUUCUUGAAUGAAGUGGCUGAGGUGGUUAGAACAGGUGUAACACCAGCUGAGAAGCUUUUGGAGUUGUACCAUGGGAAGUGGGGAAGAUCAGUGGAUCCUGUUUUUGAGGAGCUGCUAUAUUGAGGUGAUUUAAAUAUCUCGUGCGCACUCCAUGAGAAAUGUCCUUUUGUGUGUAAUUCUCUUUCCAAUUUUUGGGUGUAAUUUCAGUUGACACCUAAGACUAUUAUUUUAAAUGAAUAAUUCACGUCGUGUAUGCUUGGAUGAGGCUUUUCUUGCAACUAUUGUCCAGAAUGUAACAAGAUCAGUUAUUGUCAACUGACAAUAGUAGUGUACAAUAUAGCAAGUGAAUAGAACUAUUUAAAACCUUGCAAGUGAAGGAAGUUAAACCAAAUUUCCAAAACAGUUGUAGGAUAUAGCUAAAUUGUAUUGCUUGGUCAAGAAUCAAUAGAGGAUAUUCUCAGUGUGCAGUAGGAUCUUUAAAAUUAU